AUGACGGGCAUUUCUGUUCACGCAAGUGGACAAGGCACACCAAACGAUAUGGAAGGAAACCCUCUGUUUCAAGACGUCUUGUCACAGUUUCCAGCUCUCAACGGCCACACACAGCUCGUCAUUGGCUUCAGGCUCUCUCCCGAUUCUUCCAACACUGCUGUGGCUGACGAACUCAAACUCGCAAUGGAAAGCUUGGUCUGCCAGAUUCCCUGGCUCAACGGCCAAGUCGUCGAAAAGUAUGGCCUGCGUCUACCUGCACCCUGGCCAGCUGAUGGCCCGAAACACGAAAUAGUACGAACCAAAGACCGCAGCCAUCUGCUACCAACAAUGGCCCAGCUCCUCAAAGAAAAAGUACCCAUCUCGAAGUUGGAUGCUCAGAUCUUGUCGCCGUUUGCGGGCCUCAGCGCAGGUCAUACACUAGAGCCUCCAGUGCCUAUUCUCGCUUUGCAGGCCAACUUCAUCCAUGGAGGCUUACUGCUCACCCUCUGCCUUCACCAUGUUGUUAUGGAUGGGACUGCUUCUUUUCAGCUCAUACGCCAUCUUGCGACUGCCCUUCAAGGGAAAUUCAUCUCGCCCCAGGACCUUGUCGAGGCGAAUCGUGAUCGACGAUCUGUCAUGAGACUUCUCGCUCCUGGCGAACCUGCUAAAGACUACGGCGACUUACGUCGUCCGCCUGGGUUCAGUUACCCUGCGGUACUGUCACCCCCAACCUGGUGCUCUUUCAAGCUUCCCAUUGCUGCCGUCAACGGUUUGAUGAAGGCGACUCGGUCCCAAGGCUUGAGUCUCGUAUCGGAGAACGAUGUCAUUUGUGCUUUUUGCUGGCAGCGCAUUAGCACUGUCAGAUUAGGCAAAAUGUCCCCUGAGACAAUAUCCAAGUUCUCAAGGGCCAUCGACGGACGGAUAGCUGCGGGUGUUCCGUUCAGCUACAUGGGCCAUAUGGUGUACCACGCCAAUCUCAGACUCCCGAUCGGAUACAUCGCGUCUUCAAGCUUAGCAAGUAUCGCCGAGAAGCUGCGACACACGCUCGACUCGGUCAACAACGAGUGGACUUUACGAAGCUACGCGACUUUCAUUGCACGAGAGCCUGACAAGUCCAAUCUUCUGUAUGGGGGUAAAACAAACCCCAACACUGACUUGGGAGCUACUUCAGCUCUUGCUGGCACGGAUAUCUGGCCGAGCACCUUUGGAUCGACGCUUGGCCCAUCUCGUUUUAUGCGUCGGCCGCGAACAACUCCCAUUGUUGGAUCUAUAUCUAUGAGUCCGGCUGAAAGUGAUUUCAUACCCGUGACUUUAUGCUUGCCUGGUGAGGACAUGGAAGGAUUGAGGCGUGAUCAUGAAUGGAUGAGAUACACAAAGGUCAUCGGAUAA